AUGUUCUUCACCUGCGGCCCCAACGAGGCCAUGGUGGUGUCGGAAUUCCUCCCCGCCCUAAAUCUCUUGGGAACCCCCAGAAUCAGAAUCCCGGGAAUCCCCAGAAUCCGCCCCAAAAUUCCCCUGUACCUGCAAAAUUGGCGCAAAUCUCCCGGGAAUCCCCAGAAUUCCCCCAACACGCUGACGCUGCCGGUGCGCAGUGAGAAGGUUUACACCCGCCACGGGGUGCCCAUCUCCGUCACCGGCAUCGCACAGGUGAAGAUCCAGGGGCAGAACAAGGAGAUGCUGGCGGCCGCCUGCCAGAUGUUCCUGGGCAAGUCGGAGAGCGAGAUCGGCCAGAUCGCCCUGGAGACGCUGGAGGGCCACCAGCGUGCCAUCAUGGCCCACAUGACCGUGGAGGAGAUCUACAAGGACCGGCAGAAGUUCUCGGAUCAGGUUUUCCGCGUGGCCUCGUCCGACCUGGUGAACAUGGGCAUCUCCGUGGUCAGCUACACCCUCAAGGACGUGCACGACGAGCAGGAUUACCUGCGCUCCCUCGGGAAGGGCCGCACGGCGCAGGUGCAGCGCGACGCCCGCGUGGGAGAGGCCGAGGCCAAACGCGACGCCGGGAUCCGCGAGGCGCGGGCGCGGCAGGAGCAGGUGUCGGCGCAGCUGCUGAGCGAGGAGGCCACGGCGCGAGCCCAGCGCGACUUCCAGGUGGCCCAGGCCGAGUGCGACGGAGCCGUCAGCGCCCGCAGGGCCACGGCUGAGCUGGCCUUCCAGCUGCAGGCGGCGCGUUCCCAGCAGGCCAUCGCGGCGCAGCGCGGGGAGGUGGCGCUGGUGGAGCGGGCGCAGCGGGUGCAGCUGCAGGAGCAGGAGGUCGGGCGGCGCCGCCAGGAGCUCGAGGCCACCGUGCGCAAACCGGCCGAGGCCGAGCGCUACCGGCUGGAGCGGCUGGCUGAGGCGCAGCGGACGCAGGUGCUGCUGCAGGCGGAGGCCGAGGCCGAGACCCUCAGGGUGACGGGCGCUGCCCGCGCCGCGGCCGUGGCCUCUCGUGCCCAUUCCCGG